GAGGGUCUUUGGGACAUAUUCAAAGGGACCCCUUGGCUGAAUAAUUGACAGCACACAACUCUGUAUAGGUUCCGCCCAUACCAAUGUAGGCAAUAGAACCGGCCCCCCGAUUAUUAACCAGCGACCUGCUGUGCCUUCUUGCUGGUUUUCCAACCCUCAACCGGGGAACCAGCAAGACACCACGGUCUUUGCUCCGCCCCACCGAGUUGAUUGACUGCCCCUCCGAGUCUGGGCGAUAGCGAUUGCUCUGCGCAUUAAAGUCCGAGUGACAGUUUUCCCUCCGCGCGUUUGACUGACUGACACCUCCACAGGGCUGCUGGCUGGUCGCUGGUCGCGGCUGCGGUGGUCCACGGCCUCAAUGGGUGAUUGCGGAGUGGGUAACGUUUACCUCCUAGGUGUGGGUUUUAUGCUCAUCUUCACUGCGUUCACCACUUGCGGGAACAUAGAGCAAACAGUAAUACGAAGUUUGACCAACACCAGUCUCUCUGGCAGUGGUUAUGACAGUCUUGCCAUUAUCUAUGGAGUGUUUUCAGCUUCUAACCUCAUUGCACCAUCUGUGGUCGCAGUUGUUGGACCGAAGCUGUCUAUGGUAUUAAGUGGAGUUGUUUACAGUGGUUAUGUGAUUUCCUUCAGCAAGCCGAUGACUUGGUCACUGUAUGUUGGCUCUAUCCUCAUUGGAUUCGCAGCUGCUGUACUUUGGACAGCCCAGGGGACAUUCCUCAUCUUGAACUCUGACUCCACCACUAUCAACAGGAAUACUGGGACCUUCUGGGCUCUCUUGCAGUGCAGCAUGUUGUUUGGGAAUCUCUACGUAUACCUGCAGUGGAGGGACGUUAUGGUGAUCUCAGAUGAUGAUAGGAGGACCCUGUUCAUCGUGCUGUCUGUGAUCUCUCUUGCUGGCACAGCCAUUAUACUGACGUUGAAGAACACCAGACACGCAGACACCAGCCGUGAGAUCACUGAGCCUUUGCUUCCAACUCAGACACUGUUUAAAGAGAAAGUGACCUCAACCCUGGAUCAGAUCACUGCAGAGUUAAGGUCGACAUUAAGGCUAUUCCACGCAAAGAACAUGUUGCUCCUGAGUGUGACCAUAGUGUACAGUGGACUGAUGUUGACCUUCUACAGCGGGGUGUAUGGGACAUGUAUUGGAGCUACCAGAGAGUUCGGGAUGGUGGCCAAGGGCCUCAUUGGACUUUCAGGGAUAUUUAUUGGCAUUGGAGAGAUUCUUGGGGGUGGGAUUUUCGGGCUGCUGUGUUUCAAUAACCAGUUCCGACGCACCUCUGCCAUCUUACUGGGAGUCAUCGCUCAUCUCCUGGGAUUUUACCUGAUCUUCCUCAUGAUCCCGGAUGAUGCUCCAAUUUCCAGUGCCGACAGCAGUCACCACAAACCAUACCUGUUUCCCAGUCCGGCCGUGGCAUUAGUGAUCAGCUUCCUGCUAGGCCUAGGUGACAGUUGCUUUAACACCCAGCUCUACAGCAUCAUCGGUAUCCUGUACCCUGAGGAGAGUGGGCCUGCCUUUGGUAGCUUCAAAUUCAUACAGUCCGUUUCUGCCGCAGUGGCUUUUGGAUACAGCAACUACCUGGUGUUAUCUCUACAAUUGCUCAUCCUCACCAUCUUCUGCUUCUUUGGCACCAUCUCCUUUUUUAUCGUUGAGAAGAUUGAAGCCAACGCCUCGGACUUGCAAGAUUUCUGACCUUUACUGCGCAGCCAUUAAUUGCAAGUGAAAGGCACUGAGAGAAAGCAGGGAAUUCCAGGGAAAAUUCUCUGGAGCAGAUCGUCAGGUUGUGACAGCUCUCUGGCUGUAGUGGGAUCGCUGACACCCUCUGCUGGCAGAUGCAGCAUUUCCAACCAACUUUUUGCAAGCGCUCAAUUGAUCAAGGGGUCUGGUGUCUCUGUUUAUAAAUAUGAAGACGGAA